GUCCAUAUAUUUGUCAGUGUUCUGAGAAAACUUUUAAUCGUUCAAAUGGAAAUUGCAAUUAGUUUCAUCGCCGCUUUAGUCUUGGCUGCACCAGUUUCUGGUAUUGUCAUGAACCGUUGCUCGUUAGCUCGUGCGAUGUAUUGCUUGGCUGUACCAGUUUCUGGUAUUGUCAUGAACCGUUGCUCGUUAGCUCGUGCGAUGUAUUGCUUGGAUGUGCCGAAGGACCAGUUAGCUCGCUGGACCUGCAUUGCCGAACACGAAAGCUCCUUCCGAACCAACGUCACUAGCCGAAUUAACACGAACGGUUCUAAUGAUUACGGCAUCUUCCAAAUCAACUCCAAAUACUGGUGUCAACCUCCUGAUGAACGUUUCUCCUACAAUGAGUGCAAAUUGAGCUGCACCGCGCUGUUGACCGAUGACAUCAGCAACUCUGUAACAUGCGCUCGCCAGAUUCUAAGGCAACAAGGUUGGACAGCUUGGGCCACUUGGAAAUAUUGCAAUGGUACAUUGCCAAGUAUCGAUGACUGCUUCUCAGCAUAAAAAAUUUAUUUUAAAGUUGUUUGUUUGUUUUGUAUAUUUCAUUGUAUUAUCGAAAAAUGUAUAAAAUUUGCUAAUGUGGUGUA